UUUGAUAUUUAGCCACCAGAAGAAGAGCAGCAAAACGAAACUCACACAGUAGCCGUGCUGAAUUAGGAGGUUUGCAAACCAUGGCAACAAGCAAUGGUAUAAAACCGAAUGAGAGACAGACGUUUUCAAAAUGCCUCAUCCAGAAAGACGAGCAAGAAGACAUGAUAGAUCGUUCCUGAAAUCUAAGGAGAAAGAGCUACUUGACCUCAAGAGGCUUCUUUCAUUCGUCUCAGUCCCCUUUUCCAAGCAACAGGUGACGACAGGCCAAUGUAAAGGCCGAAAGCCACAGAACUCACCCCAUGUCAACGAGGACAGGAAAAAUGUGAGGUACUCAGCUCCUGAGGCCACAGAACUGGAUAACUUCAGUGCAAAAUACAGAGAUCAGAGGCACUUCUUGGGUCACCCUCAUCAUGAUCUGUUCUUGGACAUCUUCACUGCCCUCAUCAAAAACAGGCUCACCUGCAGUGAGUGGCUGGAGCAUUCUUCAUCAGAAAAUAUCCUCAGAGUUCUCAUCUGCUUGAGAUUGUUAAUAAGAGAGCAUCAUUACCAGAAAGUGUUCCACGAUCUCAAUGGAUUAAGUCACCUUGUAAAGUACAUGGAGUCAGUAGCCAGUGCAUAUCUGGAGAAUGGGGACCAAGCACUGGAAACAGAGCAGCUGGUGACUAUGAUGCACAUGUGUCAGAAACUGUCCAUAACUGAAGACCAGAGGAUCUGGGUGAUUGAAUGUGAUGCUCACAAGACUCUUGUGAAGCUCCUCUCUGCACGGGACAGUAAUGUGUUAUUAGGUGCUCUCCUGGCCCUCACUACUGUAGCAGACAGCCCCGAGUGCAGAGAGAAGAUCGGAGAGCUGCCUGUUGUGGAGAACCUUCUGAUCAUAUUACAGGAAUAUGACAUGUUAUCAAAAAGGCUGAGUGCGGAGCUGCUGCGGCUGCUGUGUCCAGUGCCGUGUGUGCGGGAGCAGGUGUGUCAGUGUGAGGGAGUUCCUGUGCUGCUGAGUAUGCUCCAUGCGGAUGACCUGAAGCUGUUGUGGAGCACGGUGUGGGUGCUGGUCCAGCUGUGCCAGGAUCCACACACCAGCGCACUCAUCCGUGCCUGGGGUGGAGUCCAGCAGCUCCUGCAUAUCCUGCAUGGAGAGCGAGUGUAUGUGUCUGAUCGCUCGUCCAUAGAGACCCUCUCUAGUGCUAAUGCUGCUGGCCGUUUGCACAGACCCCACGUGUCUGAGGAGCUGAGUUCAGUCGAGGCGGAGGAGAACACCAUGUCUCUCUAUGCUGCAUGCUGCGCAGCAAUAACGGAGCUGGUGCUGGACGACACUGCAGCCCACCUUGUGGUGCAGGAGAAUGGGGUGUACAUAAUUGGUAAAAUGAUACUGCCCCAAGGCUCAGCGACAGGACCAAAGGCAGCAUCACUACAGUGUUAUGCUUUCAGGACCCUCCGCUUCCUUUUUAGCAUGGAACGCAACCGGCAUCUCUUCAAAAGGCUCUUCCCAUCAGAACUGUUUGAGACGUUUAUUGAUAUCGGACAUUAUGUGAGAGACAUCGCAGCAUACAAACCUCUGCAGGAAAAAACUUCAUUGCUUUCGAAUGAAGAAUUGGAUGGACUGAGGGAGAGAAUUGAGGCAGUGAACCAGAACCGGCCACCUAUUAAAGUGAUCAAUGGCUACUCCAUUCUGGACCACUUGGGCAGUGGAGCCUUCGGAAGUGUUUUCAAGGUUCGUAAACAGGGGGCACAGAACUGUCUGGCACUGAAGGAGGUCAACCUCCACAACCCAGCUUUUGGAAAUGACAAGAAAUCCAGAGACAGCAACGUUGAGAAGAUUGUGUCUGAGCUCACCAUAAUCAAAGAGCAGAUGGCACACCCAAACAUUGUCAAAUACUUCAAGACAUUUUUAGAAUGUGACAGAUUGUACAUUGUCAUGGAGCUCGUGGAAGGCGCACCACUUGCUGACCACUUCAGCUCACUCAAAGAAAAGCAGCAGACGUUCACUGAAGAGAGAGUGUGGAACAUCUUCAUUCAGAUGUGUCUGGCAUUAAGAUACUUGCACAAGGAGAAGAGGAUCGUCCACAGAGAUCUUACCCCCAACAACAUCAUGCUCGGAGAGAGAGACAAAGUCACCAUCACUGACUUUGGUCUUGCAAAGCAGAAACAAGAGACAAGCAAGCUGAUGUCUGUGGUUGGGACAAUUUUGUACUCCUGUCCAGAGAUUGUAAAGAGUGAGCCAUAUGGAGAGAAGGCUGAUGUGUGGGCUGCUGGCUGCAUCCUGUAUCAGAUGGUCACCCUCAGGCCUCCUUUCUACAGCACCAACAUGCUCUCCCUCGCCACCAAGAUUGUAGAAGCCGCAUUUGAGCCUGUGGAAGACCCUGCGUUCUCAGACAGAGUUACAGACAUGAUAAAAUGGUGUUUGACCCCCAAUCCAGAUUUGCGUCCCGACACUGUGGAGGUCAGUUCCAGAAUCUGUGACCUAAUGAUGAGGUUCAUGGACAGCUUAAGCACCUCUCACGUCACGCUGGAGAGAAGAGCAGAGCGAGACAGGAGGCGAGCACAGAAGUACUGCUUAGAAAACAACCGGAUGAAGAUCAUGAGCGGGUCUUCAGUUGUGCCUCAGGGAACAGACUCUAAAGAUCAGCUGCUUAUUAAUGAAGAUGGCCACCAGUCUGACCUACAUUUCUCAGACUCAGCAGAUGGAGAGGCUCCUGUCCAAGACAUGGAAUCAAGUGAUGCCUCAACAACCACCAGGUCUGUCGUGAGAUCAGCCUCAGUUCAGGAGAAUCUACUCCAAAAUCUACCAAAGCAUCCAGACAGCUGCUCAGUUACAGAGGAACAAAGCCGUGACUUUGUGAAGUCUAAAGCUCGACCAGCAUCAGCAGGAAUCUAUGUGUCCCAAAGAAAAGUCAGACAAAUUGAUGAUCCAAACCUAAGGCUGCUUGGAGUUCUCCAUAAGAUUAUAUUCAUCACUCAGCUUCCACCAGGACCUCAGAACACUUUUCAGCGGCGCACAAUAGAGCGCUUUAAGAAAUCACUGUUCCAGUGCGGCAGCAGUCCGUUUAAUCUGAAGAUGGAGCUGAAUAAGGUCCUCCAAGGAAACCAAGAGGUGGUGGAGUUGGUUUCAGGCAGCAAGGAAUGGUGGCCUCUCAACGGACACCCAGCUAAGACAAUUGGGGAACCAGGUUAUUCUAGUCUUCCAGAGGGCAUCACCUAUGAGCAGAUACAGGCCAUGAUUGAGGAAGUUCUGGAGCAAAGCAGUUACUACAGCACAGCUUUGUCCAGGAGUGAAUCAGAGACAAGAACAGGAAAGAGCAGAGCUGCUAGCCCAUGACUUCAUGUGUUACGCCUGCUGGGACACCUACAAAGUGCUGUGAUGCAACGG